GCUGGGCGCAGGAGCUUGCAAGGGGUACACUGGAAAGCCCCCCAUGCCAGGGUCCACACUCGGCUCUGCCCCACGCCCUGUCCCCACAAUCGCCUGGUCAGGAAGAGCAGAGGCCCCGGAUCCAAGAUUCAAAAUAGAAUGGGAGCAAGCAUCAUGAAUAAUCAAAACACAGUGGCCAGUCUGUUGCAAGAAUGUAAACAAAUGCUGGACCAGUUAUCACCAGAAUUGGACCAGUUGAACCGAGACAAGAACGAACAUCCGCAGUACAGAGCUUUGCUCCCUGAUGACUUAUGGACCCUCAUCGAAGAGGCAAAGGAAAUGAAAUGGCCCUUCGUGCCAGAAAGGUGGCAAUAUAAACAAGCCGUAGGCACUGAAGACAAAACAAACCUGCAAGAUAUAAUCAAUGCAAGACUGCAUGACUUACUGAUUUCUUUGAAAACUUCUAUUGCUGCCAAGGAUUAUGUGACAGCAGCUGCUAUUGUGUUCCUGAUUGAUCGGUUCUUAUAUUGGGUUGACGGCUCCAGCCAACUUCUUCAGAUUGCCAAAAAGCUGCACAAGCUUCAACCUACUACGCCAAUUGCCCCUCAGUUGGUGAUCCGCCAAGCUCGUGUCUCGGUAAAUUCAGGUAAACUGCUAAAGGCUGAAUAUAUCCUUAGCAGUCUUAUUAACAACAGUGGAGCAACAGGUGUGUGGAAAUAUGCUAAAGAAAGUGAUCGGAUCCUUGUACAAGCAGUUUGCAUUCAGAUCAGAGGACAGAUUCUACAAAAAUUAGGAAUGUGGUAUGAAGCAGCUGAGCUGAUCUGGGCCUCAAUUUUGGGUUACUUUACACUUCCCCAGCCAGACAAAAAGGGAAUUGCUACAUCAUUGGGGAUUUUGGCUGACAUAUUUGUCUCUAUGAGUGAAAAUGAUUAUAGCCGUUUCAAAGAUAACUAUCAGUUUGAUCUGAACCUCCUUAAAGAGUUUGACCAUCGUUUACUCUCAGCUGCUGAAGCUUGCAAGCUGGCAGCAGCCUUCAGCCAGUUUACGCCAUUGUUUGUGCUCACAGCAGUGAAUAUCCGUGGAACGUGUCUGCUGUCUUAUAGCUGUUCAAGUGUUUGUCCUUCAGAAGAGAAAAAGCUGUAUUUGUCUGAAGCAAAAGAGUCCUUCGAAAUUGGUAUUCUCUGUAAGAAGGAUGAAGAACCCAUCACCAGCAAACAGGAACUCCACAGUUUUGUCAAGGCUGCUUUCUGCCUUACAAAAGUGCACCAGCAACUUUAUGGGGAGAGUGAGAAACUAACUUGCGUGAACCAGUUGUGUCGGGAUGCCUUGGAGAAAGUAUAUAUUUAUAGUCAUGGAAGACACACUGGGCAGCAAGACAAAGAACAGCUGGCCAAGCAUAUCAUCGGAAUAAUUAUGUCUGUUAAGGAGCAACUGAAUGUGCAGAGUUUCCCUAAUUCUGAUGCCAAGUCUUACAUUCCAGAUAGCUACAAAAUGUGCACUGACAAGCAGAUUGUCAGCCAUAACUUGGACUUUGAGAAUGUCCUCAGAAUACACUCCCAGCAUCAUGAAGCAGUCUGUGAGGUUUUUGAAAGUGCUUGCAAGAGCCAAAAGGUGAGAUCAAGAGAAUGCAAAGUGGGAGCCUGUAUAACUGCUUUGAAAACUGAAACCAGAAAUGUAGACACCAUGUGUAUUACUGAAGAAAAGUCACAUCAUGGAGGUGUGAAGGUUCCAUUUCCACAAAAAGCAAGGCAAAAUCAUGAGAGUACUAAGGGCCAAAUACGAAAUAAAUUACUCCGUAAUGCUGCAGUAGAUUAUUCCCUUGAUGAAGAAACAGAAUGUGAAUAUGAGGGUAAGAGUCAAAACAGUGCUGAUGGUAUUUUGGAUGGUUCUCAAAGCAGGAGUGAAAUUUCCAGUUCACUGAGAUCAUGGAGCAAGUUUUCCAGGUCAAGUUCCUCUUCCUUUAGUUGGGAAGAAAGUGAACUGCCCCAAGAUAAUGUACAGAAUAAAAAGAUCAGUCCAAAUAAAGAGCAAGCUUGCUCUGCAAAAUUGAAUGAAGAUGCCUUGAGUAAUGGAGUUACAGAAAUCGGACCAAAUUUCAAACAUGUGGAAGAAAAAAUAGAUACUGCUCAAGAGUCACACAGCAAAACCAGUAGUACCAACUCCAUACAUAACAGUGAGCCUUUGAAUCUUGUAUCAAGGGUCAGUUCUGAGCAAGAUCCAUUAAGAAUUAGCAUUUCUUUGACAACAGCUGAUUCCAGGACCAGGGACAGCACCAAGAACUCUGAUGAAACAUCUUACCAUAAUCAAUGCAGUGCUAAGAGUGAACAUGGAGAAGACCCUGAAUGCAAUGAACCAAUUGCUGGACAUCUUGGGCCAUUGGUUGACCCAGAAGGAGAAACAGUCGACACAGCUGAUGAUACCCAAAUGCAUUUACAUCAACUUAAUGAUAGGAUGACAUCUACUUCCAUAAACAACAAUGUGCCUGAACAGGACAGUUUUGUCCUAAAUUGGAUUAACAAAUCAACCCCUACCAUACCUAAACCUGGCUCAUCUGAAAUGCCUGAUGUUGAUCCUCAAGCAGAAACAGCAGAAGAGUGGGAAUAUGUUUCUGAUAGUGCCGGAAAAUCACUAGAUAGCCUUGCUGGCAUAGAUGUAAUAAGAGAACAACAAAAUUACAGACCAGGGACCACAAGUGUCCCUUCAGAGAGGGGUAACAAACCAUUAGAGAAUCAAUCUAGCUAUUGUGCUACAACUGAAGAAGGUGAGGACGAAAAGCAAAAAGACAUUUUGAGCAUCAGCCACAGUUCAGGCUCCUCUAUGAAAUCAUGGUACAAAGCUUCCCAUUUUUCCAGCAGUUUUUCGGAACUGGGGAGUCCUUCUUUUUUGAACUCUAGUGCAAGCUCUUUUCUCUUUAUGGAAAUGACAAAAGAACAAAUCCUACAGUCUCGCAUUCUGAGUGAUGAUGAUUAUGCUAAAAUUUUGUCAGGUGUAGAUCACACUUGGUUAGUUGAAAGAAUGAAGAAUACUGGGCUGUUUAAGCCAAACGUGCUGCGUAAAUGUCACUCUGCUCUUCUUUUGAAAUACUCCAAGAAAUCUGGACAGUGGACCGGUCAAGAAACAGCUGUCUAUAUCGGAGACUACCUGAGUGUGACCAAGAAAGGAAGACAAAGAGAUGCCUUUUGGAUACACUUUCUACACCAGGAAGAGACUCUGGGAAGAUACAUUGGUAAAGAAUACAAGGAUGAGAAAGAGCUUGUUCACCAUUUUAGUGAUGUGGAACGGCAAAUGACUGCCCAGUACUAUGUGACGGAAUUCAACAAAAGACUCUACGAGCAAAAAAUCCCAACCCAGAUUUUUUACAUCCCAUCAGUAGUACUCUUGUUACUAGAAGGCAAAUCUAUAAAGGGAUGUGUAAGUGUGGAACCCUACAUGCUGGGAGAAUUUGUGAAGUUAUCGAAUAACACUAAAAUAGUAAAACUGGAAUACAAAGCCACAGAAUAUGGACUUGCUUAUGGUCAUUUCUGCUAUGAAUUUUCCCAAGGCACAGAUGUGGUGGUUGAUUUACAAGGCUGGGUGACUGGUAAUGGGAAAGGCCUCAUUUAUCUUACAGAUCCUCAGAUUCAUUCUGUAUCUCAGAAAGAUGCAUCUUGCCUGACAAACUUUGGAAAGAAAGGAAUAUACUAUUUCUUCAACAGUCAGCACACAGAAUGUAAUGACAUUUGUCACCACCUUUCUCUAACAAGACCAUCAGUGGAAAAACUGAACUGAGCUUUGGCAAAAUUAAGGUGGUUUUCCAAGAGACUCUUAAGUUAAUACACAACAGUAUUUUCUGCAUCACAGUACCCAAUCUAAUCAAGUCACAUUUUCAGUUUUCUUUGUGCAGUAGCAGCAAUCCCAUGAAGCACCAUCUUUUUAAUGCUACUUCUCCCCUGACAUGGCCAUGUGGAGAGUGGGAUAUAGGAUCAUAAAAUCAUAGAACCAUAGUAUUAGAUGGCACUACAAGAUACAGAAUGGGGGACGCCUGGCUCGAGAGCAGUACGUGUGAAAAAGAUCUUGGAGUCCUUGUGGACAACAAGUUAAACAUGAGCCAACAAUGUGAUGUGGCGGCAAAAAAAGCCAAUGGGAUUUUGGCCUGCAUCAAUAGGAGCAUAGUGUCUAGA